GUGACGUAUGUAUCGCAUGUAAUACCUGUUUGUGUAUAAUAUGUAUUGAUAUUAUGAUAAGUACUGUACUAUAGCUAUGAUAUAUUGUAUACGACAGUCGCACCCAUAUAUCGCACCCAUAGUUGACUUGAGCUGACUGUUGGAUGAGUUGGUGAUAAUUAAUUGAUUGUGUAAUUAGUUGUUGUUGUCUUCAAAAAGUAUCACAACAGCUAUGGAAAGGGUGUUUGAGAUGAAGAGCACAUACGACACAAACUCUCUUUACGAGCCAAUCACUCGACGGCCUUCAAGCCAACUGUCAAACGGAUCCACGUAUAGCACUGCCAGUGGUUUGUCUUCACUAUACAGUCAACGAUAUUAUCCGCAACAACACAACAGCAUUGGCUCAAGAAGUUCACUGUCAGCUAAUCCAUUGAGCAAAACGUCUAUUGAUAAGGAAGACGAAGUCGACCACUUGACUGAUCUGUUAGUCAAAAGUAUGGAAAACUCAUCCGAUCCCGACUUCUUCGGAGGAGAAUCACCGAUUAUAGGUAUGUGCCAUAAAUGUGGCGAAAAAGUGUUGGGCGAAGGCAGUGGUUGUACGGCAAUGGAAAAAGUAUAUCAUAUUCAGUGCUUCACUUGUCAUAUUUGUCAUAUUGAAUUAAGAGGUAAACCUUUUUAUGCGAUGGAUGGCAAACCCUACUGUGAGGACGACUAUUUGAAUACAUUAGAGAAGUGUUGUGUUUGUGAGAAACCAAUUCUGGAUCGUAUACUUCGUGCCACAGGAAAGGCCUAUCACCCCAACUGUUUCACAUGUGUUGUGUGUAGCAAAUGUUUAGAUGGCAUACCAUUUACUGUUGACGCUACCAAUAAAAUCCAUUGUAUCGAUGAUUUUCAUAAAAAAUUUGCCCCCCGUUGCUGUGUUUGCAAAGAACCCAUUGUUCCCGAACCGGGAAAAACAGAAACCGUAAGAGUAGUUGCAUUGGAUCGCAGUUUUCAUGUAAAUUGUUACAAAUGUGAAGACUGCGAUUUGUUAUUGUCAUCAGAAGCAGAAGGUCGGGGGUGUUAUCCAUUGGAUGACCAUAUAUUAUGCCGUAAUUGUAACGCAAAAAGAGUGCAAGAAAUAACAGCCCCAUAAUAUAGAGUGGUUUAACAUUAAACCUGUGGUUUAAUUUAGUGAUUGAUUGAUUGUUUUAAUAGUUUUAAGUUAAACUAUCGUUUGUUUUUUGAGCGCUUCCAUCACAUUAUAUACUAUGAAAAAUUAAUUACAAUAUUUGCAAUAUUUAUCAUAUUAUUAUUAUUACUACUAAAAAUGUAAUAUCAUCUGCAUUUUCAAAUUAACAAUGACCGCUAAUUUGAUAG